GAGCCACCGCGCCCGGCUGGCUAUUAUUCUUAAAAUGGCAUAUGAGGCAGGUCUUGAAGGAUAUGCAGCUUCAUUGGCCAAAAUUUCCAUUACUCCCUGCUCGCUCCCCCCUCUGUCAAUCAGCUGCUACCAGAGAGGUCCAGUUUCUGAAACACAGGAAUUGUGUGAGCAAAAGUCGCUGCUCACACCAGCCCUCAGUGUGAGGAGGAGGACAUUUGAGGGCAAGGUAGCUGCAGCCCCCAAGCUGCCCUCCACACUGGAAGCCAGUCAAGGCGUGGCCUCCUCAGCUGGAGUUGACAUCUAGUUCUGCUCUGGACCUGCCAAGGGUCAAACUCUGAGGGUUUCCUGCCAGGCUGCAGGGAGGGGUUUGGGUGUAGACCUGGUGGACUGGAAAAUUACCCAUUUGCCCCCAGAUUAAUGAUUAACGGGUCCCUGCCCUCACCCUGUCUGGGAGAGGAGCCCAGGGCCAGGCUGGCCAGGGGGAGCCCGAUAGCAUCUGUCUCUGCUCGGAGGUUUCGGAGAUAUGCUCCAUGGUGGGCUGACUGCACCUGAUGGGUGUGGAAUCUACGGGUGAUUUCUGAGGGCACCUGGGGCCUGGCCAGGCCACAUACCCUCCAGUGAGGCUUCUAACUUCUGGGGCAUACAGAGAGGGUGUGGCAUCCAUUCAGACAUCCUGAUUAAGGCAGGUGGCUCCAAACAGGAGAGCUGUGACCUUGGCUCAGAGGAACGUGGGCUUCUCUGACCACUCCUGGCUUGACCACAGGACUUACCUUGGCCAGUGGCACAUAAGCAACAGUGGCAAGUGCCACAUCCAAGCAGGAGCUCUAAGAGCCAUUGCCUGCUUCCACCUUUGCUUUUUUUUUUUUUUUUCUUUUUUGAGAUAGGGUCUUGCUCUGUUGCCCAGGCUGGAGUGCAGUGAUGCGAUCUCAGCUCACUGCAGCCUCCACCUCCCAGGAUCAAGCUAUCCUUCCACCUCAGCCUCCCAAGUAGCUGAGACUACAGGCUUGUGCCACCAUGCCCACCUUAUUUUUCUAUUUUUAGUAGAGACAGGGUUUUGCUGUCGCCCAGGCUGCUCUCAAACUCCCGGACUCAAGCGAUCCACCUGCUCGGCCUCCCAAAGUGUGGGAUUACAGACGCGAGCCACUGUACCCAGCCCACCUUUGAUCUUUUACUGGCUAUGAGGCCAGGAUGUCCCAGAACGGGGUUACUUCUUUGGGGCUGGGUCCUGGAAUGAUGUAUAUUCCACCCACACUGGGGGCGCCAGGGUAUAGGACAGCAAACAUUUUGAACCAGCAGAGCCAUCUCACAGAGAGCUUCUGGGAAGAGGGAAGGUGAACUCUAAUUCGAAUUCCCACCCUGCUCCUGAUCUGUUGUAUGACCAGGCCAGUUACUGCCUCCUCAUAAAUCCUUCGUUUCCUCAUCUGGACAAAGGGGAGACUCUGCUUAGCUAGAGAGGAAAGCAUCUUGCAAAAUGAGAGAAGUUUGGGAAGCUCCAGCUAGUAGGAAGUUAGGCCUGCAUGUCCCAGGCACUGUGCUUAGUCCAUGUCAUAUAAUCCUCCCAGCAACCCUAGGAGGUAGAGAAGAUUAUGCUGCCCAGUUUCCAGAAGGGAAAAAACCAAGGUGUCAAGAUUGCAUAGCCAGAAUGUCAGCCUUAGAAUUGGGCAGCUUGGCUCCAGAAUUGAUGAACUUUCAAUCCAGGAGAACAAGAAGUCUGGGAUUGAUGGCCUGACGGGAAUUCAGCUCCUUCACCUUCAUCUAGCCAUCCAUCAGUCCAUCAGUCCUUCCUUCCUUCCUUCCUUCCUUCCUUCCUUCCUUCCUUCCUUCCUUCCUUCCUUCCUUCCUUCCCUUCUCUUUCCUUCCAUCCCCUUGUCUCUCCAGGCAUCUAUUUGUUCCAGGCACCGAGUGGUCGGAUGGUUGAAGAUCUAUCUGGGAAUUACGGAAACAUGUUAGAUUGGUAUGGCAUUACUUGGGCAGCAGCAUAAUGUAAGGGAGAGAGGGAUGUCAGGGGACCUUGGCUGGGUGUCCGCUCGAUGUCCACAUCCCCUCUGCCUGCCCCCUCUUAGGAAUGUGGCUCUCCUGGCCAGGCAGUCAGCAGUACUCUGUGCAUCGUUUCCCAGACUUCCCAGAUCACAAAAGCUGCCCAGGGACUGUGGUAAAUACACAGAUUCCCAGGCCCAGUUCCAAACCAACAGACCCAGAAUUGCCCAGCAUGGAUCCUGGGAAAGCAUAUUUUAAAUAAGCACCCCAGAUGAUUUUUCUAACUGGGCCAGUUUGGGAAAUAGGGUGGAUAAGAAGAGCAGAGACUGGAAUCUGGAAAACAGGGUUAAAGUCCUGCAGCAACCCUUGUUACGUGAACCUUGGUUUCCUGUAAAAUGGGGACGGGACUUCCAGGGGGUCAACCUGCCACCCAGAAGGGCAGUAAAUGAAGCCCCUGAGGAGGCCCCUUCCCUUCACUUGCCCGUCACCACCAUCCCCAAGGCUCACCCGUCUCCCUCCUCUCGCUCUCUCUAGCCUGACCGGGCGGGAGGUCCUGACGCCCUUCCCAGGACUGGGCACUGCAGCGGCCCCGGCACAGGGCGGGGCCCACCUGAAGCAGUGCGACCUGCUGAAGCUGUCCCGGCGGCAGAAGCAGCUCUGCCGGAGGGAGCCUGGCCUGGCUGAGACCCUGCGGGACGCUGCGCACCUCGGCCUGCUUGAGUGCCAGUUCCAGUUCCGGCAUGAGCGCUGGAACUGUAGCCUGGAGGGCAGGACGGGCCUGCUCAAGAGAGGCUUCAAAGAGACAGCUUUCCUGUAUGCGGUGUCCUCUGCCGCCCUAACCCACACCCUGGCCCGGGCCUGCAGCGCUGGGCGCAUGGAGCGCUGCACCUGUGAUGACUCUCCGGGGCUGGAGAGCCGGCAGGCCUGGCAGUGGGGCGUGUGUGGUGACAACCUCAAGUACAGCACCAAGUUUCUGAGCAACUUCCUGGGGUCCAAGAGAGGAAACAAGGACCUGCGGGCACGGGCAGACGCCCACAACACCCACGUGGGCAUCAAGGCUGUGAAGAGUGGCCUCAGGACGACGUGUAAGUGCCACGGCGUGUCAGGCUCCUGUGCCGUGCGCACCUGCUGGAAGCAGCUCUCCCCGUUCCGUGAGACGGGCCAGGUGCUGAAACUGCGCUAUGACUCGGCUGUCAAGGUGUCCAGUGCCACCAAUGAGGCCUUGGGCCGCCUAGAGCUGUGGGCCCCUUCCAGGCAGGGCAGCCCCACCAAAGGCCUGGCCCCAAGGUCUGGGGACCUGGUCUACAUGGAGGACUCGCCCAGCUUCUGCCGGCCCAGCAAGUACUCGCCUGGCACGGCAGGUAGGGUGUGCUCCCGGGAGGCCAGCUGCAGCAGCCUGUGCUGCGGGCGGGGCUAUGACACCCAGAGCCGCCUGGUGGCCUUCUCCUGCCACUGCCAGGUGCAGUGGUGCUGCUACGUGGAGUGCCAGCAAUGUGUGCAGGAGGAGCUUGUGUACACCUGCAAGCACUAGGCCUACUGCCCAGCAAGCCAGUCUGGCACUGCCAGGACCUCCCGUGGCACCCUUCCAGCUGCCCAGCCGGCCUGCUGGGCAGGCAGUCAUCACAUACGUGCAUAAACCGGCAUGUGUGCCAAUGCACACAAGUGUGCCGCUCACCACCAUUCCUUGGCCAGCCUUUUGCCUCCCUUGAUACUCAACAAAGAGAAGCAAAGCCUCAUCCCUGAACCCAAGCGUCUCCAACCUUGUUGAGGACUUGGAGAGGAGGGCAGAGUGAGAAAGAUGUGGAGGGAAAUAAGGGAGACCAAGAGCACACCAGGACUGAAGUUUUGGAGGGGAGAGAGGGGCUAUUCCAUCUUGCUUCCUGGGAUGAAUGGCUUGGAGCCAGCAUGUUCUUGGAAGGUGAACUGCUGGGCUGGGAAUGCCAAGGCAUGCAGUGCCAGCUGGAAGUGAAGGUGGGAUCCUGGCUGGGAUGGGCCAGUUGGGUCCUGUGGCCCCGCUCAGGUGCAGUGAGCUCCAGGUGUCACACACCUCCACCACUCCCCUGGUUUUGCUGUGCCAGAGAUGGGGAGAAAGCCCAAGCAGUAGAAGCCAUCCAUUCAGAGAAAGGAGAGCUUUCUGCGCGUGAGUGAACCCAAGUGAGAUCUGUGUCCUGGAGCCCUGUGUCCUUGUUUUGGCUUUUCAAAUAUGCCUCGCCUGAGGCCUUAUUCUUGUCUUGAGAGCUGGGUUAUGCACACUCACCCAGAUGUGCUCAAAAUGACCACCAGUGCAGGUAAGGCAGGUGGGAGAAUCAGUCACCAAGGCGGGACUCAGUGAGUGACCUGAGGUUGAACAGGGAGACAGUGGCCCCUCCGUGUGUUCCUUCCUGGUCAAAGGAAUCUUUACUCCCAGCCCAGAGGAGGAGGGCGACAGCUUCCUGGUGCCUGGCAGUGACGUGGCACGCUCAGUUUCUCAGCUGGCUCUUGAGACAGCUUUGGUGACUUCCUGUGGCUGGGGCCUGCCUGGUCUGUGAUGCCGCCACACCAGCUGAGUUCACAAUACUGAAGACCAGCAGGCUCAGGAGCUAUGACUUGAAGUUACAUUUCUAUUCUUGCGGCUGCUCAUCUAAUUGAGGCUUUUGCCCUGGCUGGGGUUAUAGGUGCUUGAGUCCUUGCUAAGCCUGGCUCCUGGGUAGCCUCCUUCAGUGCCUAAUGGCCUCUCACUCGGCCCUCACUUUGGCUCUUACUUGAGGAGACGUGACUUUGAUCAUUUCCUCAGAUCCUGUGGACAUUUUCAGCAACACCUGCCAAGGCCCUCUGUGAGAGGAGGAGAGACUGGCACCUCCGCACAGGCACACAUGGAUGCACAGCCCCUGAACCAAACUGGGGGUUCCCGUUGCACACGCCUCUCUGGUUCAGGAUGAAGACCUUGCAGGGGUCACCUUGCUGGAGGCGUUGUACUUCCCCAGAGUGGGGCCCGAUGCCAGCCAGGAGGAAGUGACUUCUUUCGGGAAGCCCUUGGCCACUUUGCUGGCCCUGCCACGCCCCUCUGUCAGCUUCCUUUCUCCCUAAACCUAGAAUUGCUGACCCUUCACCGACACAGGAAACUUCAGAAUCAGCUGAAUGCUCAGAAACCUCUCCUGUGCCAGCUCCAGGACAAAGGCCCACACCCUGGGCCCCGGCCAACUCCCUGAGACCUCCAAGGGCGAGGAGGAGCUGCCCAGUCUCCAGUGGAUCAGGGCAGUCUGGUGGAUGCUGGAAGGAUUUUCGACUGCAGAGGCUCAGCCGAGAAGCCAAACUGACCUGCGCCCCUCUCGUUAAAAUGACGUUGCUGACCCAAGCACCUGGCCCACACCUUGGCAGACGGAAAACGGGGAGAGGGCUGGUUCUCUUGUUUCUUCCGCUUUCCCACAGCAUGGAGAGACUUUCUCUGCCUUCCCAAUGCAUCUUGCUCCUCUGAGACCCCAACUCUGCCUCCACCCAGGCUCGGUGCUGGGCAUAAGGCAGCAGGGACCUCACUGGCAGAACAGGGGGCCUGGGAGCAACUUGGGGGCCAGAGCACCCUGAUCCACCAACACGCCACCCACAUUCUGACUUCAUGACUGGCAGUGCCAGGGUCACGGGAGGGCAAAGGGCAGGCUCUAAGGCAUCUAGGCAGUGGCUGGCUGCUGACAUGGACACCCCAAGUCAAUGGCACAGUGCAGGUUCUGAGGGCUCCUUGGCUUGGGGGAUCUUCUCUGUCUGUCUCUCUCCCUCUCUUCUCCUUCCUUGCUCUCAUCCCUUUCUUUUCCAGUUACCCCUAAAGACCCACCUCGGCCCUCUUGGGGCCCCUGGGGACUAGAGUGACCACUGACCCCUCAUUCUACAGCUUUAAGGGAAAUGCUCACAGGGUAUUUUUGUCUACCUCAAAUAUAUAGUUUUUAGAGCAAAGGAGAAUAAUUUAUGUAGCUAAGAUAUAUGAGAAAGUAUUUAUAUUAUUUAUAUAGUUGCUAUAUUUCAUGGACAGCACAGGUGGGGUUUGUGUGUUUUCCCAGAAACCCUCUGGGGAGAUACAGCCUGACCUGACUGGGUCCACCACUGAGCAGGAGGCCAGGUGGCCGGGAAGGAGGUCGAGCCUGUAUCCCAUGACUGGGUCUGUCUCAGAGCUGGUGAGCACAUGUCCCCUCUGUGACGAGCCCUGGUGGGCUCCAUCCAGACCCUCCUUGUGAUGUUUUUAUAGAUUUUCUGCUCUUCUGGGUCCAGGCCCCCUUCUUCUGCUCUGGCAAAAGUGUCUUGCUCAUAAUAAUAAUGACAACUAGAAUGCCCACACCUGGCAUUUGUAAAGCACUUUGCUGUUCAGAAACAAAAACUUUUACCCCUCUCAUCUCACUUGAUGUCUCCGUUAUCUCUGUGAGGUAGGUGGGGCCACAUUACCGUGGCCAUUUUGUAGAUGAGGCCCAGAGACGGAGAGCUGUGCUCAAAGUCACAAUGAAGAGACUUGUUCAGUGAUUAUUUACGGAACGUCUCCAUAGACCAGGCGCUGUGGGCUGACUUCUCCGAGCCCAGGAGUCCCAAAGCCUGGAUACCACUGUGAGUCCAAGAACUCAGGGAAGCAGUUCCUUCCCGGGCUGUGAUCCCGGCCUUUCGGAUCUGGAUGGCAUGUUGGCACUUCCUCCAAGUGGAGUCCCAUGUCUCAGGGGCUGAGGCUGCCUGAGAAGGCUGGAGAGACCGGAACCCCACGGAGGCCACUCCAAGGGGUCCUUCUGCCCACAUCGCCCAUGAAGGUUGGGCUACACCACCGGGCCCCUCCCAACCUACAGAUGAAAUUUGUGUGCUCUCAUUUGUGUUUUGCUUGUAAAAAUUCAUUGCUUUCCACUGGAUUUCUGGCUACUUUAGCAAAAGUCAGCUGCACUGGCAGACUGGGCCUGCAUUUCCUCCUGGCCACAGGCAGCUAGGGCGAGGGAGCCUGUUAGACAGGAUGCCCCGAGUGCCCCAUCGCUCGUGGAUGCUCCUGCCUGCCUCUCAAGAGCACAUAGUCCUGUCCCCUGGUCUAGAUAAGCCCAGCUUUCCUGGUACCCUUCAUCCCCUGGCAGACAGACGGCCCUGUGCCAACCCUGGAGAUUACUUGCUUUUGAACCUUUCCUUUCUCAAAAACCAUGAACUUCCAAUGCUUUUUGUCUCAGGACACUUUAGAAUAACAAUGGAAACCAUCACUUAUUGAGCGCCCCUUAUGUCCAUUUAUUCAACCAACGAUUAUUUAAGGAUCUCUUAUUGAGUGCCAGGCAGCAUCCCGGGUGCUUGGUACAGCAAGGAACAGGACCAAGUCUCUGCCUCAUGGGGCUGACAUCCUAGUGGGUGAGAAAGACAAUAAACCAAUAAAUGACAUGCCAGUUAUUUGCAUUGA